AGUCAUUUCCUCGGCGCUCGUGUGUUCGAUUAUUUCGACGGAAACGAAGAGAUACAUCACAGAUAUCGUCCUGCAUCGUUUUUAUACUAUUGGUUAUUUCAUGACUUAACGUUAGAGACUAGAAAGUAUUUUAAGUCAGAAGACGGAAAGAAAAGCCUGGAGACAUGAUGCAGUGCAUCUGGAACACAAAGUCUUAUGGAGCUCUCAGAAGAAAAGAUGUGGAUGAAUAGUGUCACCAAUCCUGAUAGUCCUGAUGUUUGAUGUCACUGAUGUCUUUGACAUGUUUACCUUCCUGACAUAAUGGAAGAAGAGAGUGAGAAAAUAAAGAUUCAAAGGGACAAUGCAGAACGACCAGAUUCACCUGGAUCCAGCUGUGUGUCCUUGAAGAGUGAACAGUCAACAGGAGAACCUCCCAACUUCAAAGAUGGAUCAGUCCAUCCAGACAGUGAAAAUGCAGAACGACCAGACUCACCUGGAUUCAGCUGUGUGUCCUUUAAGAGUGAACAGUCAAUGGGAGAAACUCCCAACUUCAAGGAUGGAUCAGUCCCUCAAGACAGUGAAAAUGCAGAAAAGCCAAACUCACCUGGAUCCAGCUGUGUGUCCUUCAAGAGUGAACAGUCAAUGGGAGAAUCUCCCAACUUCAAGGAUGGAUCAGUCCCUCAUGACAGUGAAAAUGCAGAAAAGCCAAACUCACCUGGAUCCAGCUGUGUGUCCUUCAAGAGUGAACAGUCAAUGGGAGAAUCUCCCAACUUCAAGGAUGGAUCAGUCCCUCAAGACAGACAGAAUUCAGUAUCUGUCUCUUCAGGAGAAACACAAACUGAGGAAAGAAAGACAGCUGGGACAGGUGGGAAGCUUCAAAAGAAGAUUAAAGACCAUCUAAAGCACAUUUUACAUGAGCUUGAGAAAAGAAUACAUGGAUUCAUAAAACAAGAGCUUGAAAUAUACAGGACACAUCUAAUGAAAAGCAACAUAAAAAACAAUGAUGUGGAAAAGGACACUUGGAAUUUGAAACAGGGAGUUCUGAAUAUGACACAGUACUUCCUGAAGAAAAUGAAUCAUGAGGAUCUUGCUGAGGCUUUACAAAAAGAACUGAUUGGAAUUCAAGAGCAUGCACUCAAAUGUAAACUGAGCGAAAAGUGUCGCCAUGUUUGUGAAGGAAUUGCACAACAAGGAGAGUCUACCAUCCUGAAUAAGAUCUACACAGACAUGUACAUUACUGAAGGUGCUGCUGGACAGGUAAACAAAGACCAUGAAGUGAGACUUAUCCAAAAAAACAAUGUAAAAGCAGAUGCAGGUCAACUUCAGCAGGAUGUUCAGAUCGAAUGCAAGAACAUGUUUGAACUUUUACCUGAACAAGAGAGGCCAAUCAGAACUGUGCUGACACAGGGAGUUGCAGGAAUUGGAAAAUCAAUCUGUGUGCAGAAGUUCAUUUUGGACUGGGCCGAAGAAAAAGAAUACAAAGACAUCCAGUUCAUAUUUCCUCUUCCUUUCCGGGAACUGAAUUUGAAGAAAGGACGUCAGAGUUUGAUGGACAUCAUCUGUUUUUUCUUCCCAGAGACAGAAGGACUGAGAUUAACAGAUCAGCACAAUAUCAUGUUCAUUCUUGAUGGACUGGAUGAAUGCCAACUUCCUUUGGCAUUCCAGAAAAACAACAAUAUGAAUAAUGUCUCUGAAGCAGCUCCACUGGAUGUUGUGCUGACAAACCUCAUCAAGGGAAAUCUUCUCCCCUCUGCUCAGAUCUGGAUAACCACUAGACCAGCAGCAGCCAGUAAGAUCCCUGCAGAGUGUGUUGACCGAAUGACAGAGCUGCGUGGCUUCAAUGAUCAGCAAAAGGAGCAGUACUUCAGAAAGAGAAUCACUGAUCAGGUUAUGGCUAACAAAUUAAUUGACCACAUUAGAGAAUCCAGGAGCCUCCACAUCAUGUGUCAUAUCCCAGUCUUCUGUUGGAUAUCUGCCACUGUGCUUCAGAAAAUUCUGGAAGAAACAGAGAGUGAGGAAACCCCAAAGACACUGACAGAAAUGUACACAUGCUUUCUGAUCUUUCAGGCAGUGCAGGGAAAUAUGAAAUACACUAGAAAAAAUGCUUUUGACAUACCAUGGGAUAAAGAGGCCAUUCUGGCACUAGGAAAACUGUCUUUUCAGCAUUUGGAAGAAAGCAAUCUGAUCUUCUAUAUAGAAGAUCUAGAAGAAUGUGGAAUUGACCCCAGUAAGAUACUGAUAUGCUCAGGACUGUGCACUCAGGAGACUGUCAGAUUUCUUGGUACAGUUUUCAGCUUUGUUCAUCUGAGCAUUCAGGAGUUCCUUGCUGCUGUGUUUGCAUACUUAUCGCUCAAAAAUGACAACAGGAACGUUUUUGAACCACAGUCCACAUCACAGGAGAGCAAAACAACAGAGCUCAUUGAUUUUCUCAAGACUGCAGUAGACAAGGCUUUGGAGAGUGAUCAUGGCCACCUGGACCUCUUCCUUCGCUUCCUUCUGGGUCUCUCACUGGAGUCUAAUGAGAAGCUCAUCCGAGGACUGUUGACUGUUGGACUGUUGACAGGAAGUAGUUCUGACUGCAGGAAGGAAAUAGUCGAGUACAUCAAGAUAAAGUUUAAGGAAAAUCCCUCUCCAGAGAGAUCCAUCAAUCUGUUCUACUGUCUGAAUGAGUUAAACGAUGAUUCUCUGGUGAAAGAGAUCCAGAGUUACAUGAGUUCAGGGCGUCUCUCUGAAGCUAAACUCUCACCUGCUCAGUGGUCAGCUCUGGUCUUUGUGCUGCUGACAUCUAAAGAGAAGCUGGAUGAGUUUGAUCUGAAGAAGUUCAUCAGAUCAGAGGAGUGUCUUAACAGACUGCUACCAGUGGUUAAAGAAGCCACAACUGCUCUGCUCAAUGAGUGUAACCUGACAGAGAGAAGCUGUUCAGCUCUCCUUGAAGUUCUCAAAUCAGAAUCCUCUACACUGACUCUGCUGGAUAUGAGCAAAAAUUCCAUACAGGAUUCUGGCAUGGAACUGCUUUGUGAAGGACUAAAGAGUUCAAAGUGUAAAGUGGAGACACUAAUUCUCAGUGAGUGUAACUUGACAGAGAGAAGCUGUUCAGCUCUGUUCAAAGUUCUCAGUUCAGAAUCCUCAAGAUUGACUCUGCUGGAUCUAAGCAACAAUGCUAUACAAGACUCUGGAGUAGAACUUCUCUCUGAAGGACUGAAGAGUCCACAAUGUAAACUGGAGAAACUAAGGCUCAGCCAAUGUAACCUGACAGAAAGAAGCUGUUCAGCUGUGCUCAAAGUUCUCAGCUCAGAAUCCUCUACACUGACUCUGCUGGAUCUGAGCAACAAUCCAAUACAGGACUCUGGAGUAGAGAUGCUCUGUGAAGGACUGAAUAGUUUAAACUGUAAACUGGAGACACUGAGGAUUAUCAAUGAUGAUCUAACAGACAAAAGCUGUUCAGAUUUAGCCAGAGUUCUCACUUCAUCCACUCUGAGAGAACUGGACCUGAGUAACAACAACCUGCAGGAUUCAGGAGUGAAUAAGCUCACCAGUGCACUGAAGAAUCCUUCCUGUAAAUUGAAGACUCUAAGUCUUUCAUUCUGCAGUGUAAAGGAGAAAGGAUAUGCUGAUUUGGCUUCAGGUCUGAGGAAAAAUGCAUCUUCAUGUUUAAUUGAGCUGGAUCUCAGAGGGAAUGAUCCUGGAGACACAGGAGUAAAAAAUCUGUCGGAUCCAAACUGUAAACUGAAUACACUGAGGCUUUUGAAAUCUGAGGCUGCAGAAGAGGCAUAUAAUUGUCUUAAAAAUAUUCUGAAUGAAGACCCCUUAACACAGAGAACUCUGGAUCUGAGUAAGACUGCACCGAAAGACAUCAACGUGAAAAACCUCUCUGCUCUACUGGAGGAUCCCCACUGCAGAGUAGAAAAGCUAAGGAUGUAUGAAGCCAGCAGUGUUACGUUUGAUAACUGUGCAGAUGUGAUUUCCGCUCUGAAUAUAAGUCCAUCACACUUGAGAGAGCUGGAUCUGAAUGGGAAUAUACUAGGCCAGUUAGGACUGCAGAAACUCUGUGAGCUACUGGAGAAUCCUCAUUGUAAACUGGAGAUUCUGAGGUUGAAAAACAGUAUUACAAAGGAAGGCUGUGGAGCUCUAAUGUCAGCUCUGUGUUCAAAUCCUUCACACCUGAUAGAGCUGGAUCUCAGUGGGAAUAAAUUUGGAAACCCUGGAGUGGAACAUAUUUCUUGCCUACUAAAGGACUCAGAUGGAAAAGUUAAAAGGCUAAAUCUCUCGAAUUGUGAUAUCACAGAAGGAGGAUAUGAUGCUCUGGCUUCAGCUCUAAAAUCAAACCCCUCAUCACGCCUGAUGGAGCUGGAUCUCAGAGGGAAUGAUCCUGGGGAUACAGGAGUGAGACUGCUAACUGAGCUAAUAGAAGAUCAAAACUGCAACCUGAAAACAUUGAGACUAUUGAACAGUGAUUCUGGAGAGAAAGCCUGUAAUACUCUGACUAAAGCUCUGAAAAAGGAUUCGUUUUUGCAGAGAGAGCUGGAUUUGAGUAGAAAAAUACAGAAGUCUUCACCCUGGAGAGAUGAGAAAGGACAAACCGGUUACCAGCAUCAAAAUAUUCCUAAAGAUCUCUCCAACGUUCUCAGUGAUCUUGAGAACAAAAUGACUGUGUUUAUGAAGCACGAGCUGGAAAUGUAUAAGAAAUGUCUGAAAAAGGAAAACACACCUUACUACAGAAAGGUCAAGCAAAUAAGGUGGAAUUUAAAACAGACAGUUCUUAAUAUGACACUGGAUUUCCUGAAACUGACGAAUAAUGAGGACGUUGCUGCUGCACUGCAAAAUGAGCUGAUAGGAAUUAUACAGCGUCCACUUAAAGAAGGAAUGAAAAAUAAAUAUCAUCAUGUUUGUGAAGGAAUUACAAAGCAGGCAGAAUCCACCAGUAUGAAUAAGAUCUACACAGAUCUGUACAUCACUGAAGGCGGAUCAGGACACGUCAACCACGAACAUGAAGUGAGACGUAUUGAGAAAAAUCAGAUGCAGCAAGAGGUACAGAUUGAAUGCAGGAACAUGUUUGAACUUUUACCUGGACAAGACAGACCCAUCAGAACUGUGCUGACACAGGGAGUUGCAGGUGUAGGAAAAUCAAUCUGUGUGCAGAAGUUCAUUUUGGACUGGGCUGAAGGUGAAGAACAUCAGGACAUCCAGUUCAUAUUUCCUCUUCCUUUCCGGGAACUGAACUUGAAGAAAGGACGUCACAGUUUGAUGGACAUCAUCAGUUUUUUCUUCCCAGAGACACAAGGCCUGAUAUUAACAGACCAGUACAAAGUCAUGUUCAUCUUUGAUGGACUGGAUGAUUGUAAACUUCCUCUGUCUUUUUACAAAAAUGAGAGUCUGGAAAAUGUCUGUGAAGCAGCUUCACUGGAUGUUGUGCUGACAAACCUCAUCAAGGGAAAUCUGCUUCCCUCAGCUCAGAUCUGGAUAACAACAAGACCAGUUGCAGCCAGUAUGAUCCCUGCAGAGUGUGUUGACCGAGUGUCAGAGGUCCGUGGCUUCAAUGAUCAGCAGAAGGAGGAGUACUUCAGAAAGAGAAUCAGUGAUCAAGACCUGGCUAACAAAAUAAUUGACCAUAUCAGAGAAUCCAGGAGCCUCUUCAUCAUGUGUCAUAUCCCAGUCUUCUGUUGGAUCUCUGCCACUGUGCUUCAGGAAAUUCUGGAAGAAACAGAGAGUGAGGAAACACCAAAGACACUGACGAACAUGUACACAUGCUUUCUGAUCUUUCAGGCAGUGCAGGGAAAUGUAAAAUACAAUGGAAAGGAUGACUUUGACAUACCAUGGGAUAAAGAGGCCAUUCUGGGACUAGGAAAACUGUCUUUUCAGCAUUUGGAAGAAAACAAUCUGAUCUUCUAUAUAGAAGAUCUAGAAGAAUGUGGAGUUGACACCAGUAAGAUAUCAGUGUACUCAGGACUGUGCACUCAGGAGACUGUCAGAUUUCUCGGUACAGUUUUCAGCUUUGUUCAUCUGAGCAUUCAGGAGUUUAUUGCUGCAUUAUUUGCAUACUUAUCGCUCAGAAAUGACAACAGGAAUGUUUUUGAACCACAGUCCACAUCCCAGGAGAGCAAAACAACAGAGCUCAUUGAUUUUCUCAAGACUGCAGUAGACAAGGCUUUGGAGAGUGACCAUGGCCACCUGGACCUCUUCCUUCGCUUCCUUCUGGGUCUCUCACUGGAGUCUAAUGAGAAGCUCAUCCGAGGUCUGUUGACUCAGACAGGAAGUAGUUCUGACUGCCAAAAGGAAAUAGUUGAGUACAUCAAGUCAAAGUUCAAGGAAAAUCCAUCUCCAGAAAGAUCCAUAAAUCUGUUCUACUGUCUGAACGAGUUAAACGAUGAUUCUCUGGUGAAAGAGAUUCAGAGUUACAUGAGUUCAGGACGUCUCUCUGAAGUUGAACUCUCACCUGCUCAGUGGUCAGCUCUGGUCUUUGUGCUGCUGACAUCUAAAGAGAAGCUGGAUGUGUUCGAUCUGAAGAAGUUCAUCAGAUCAGAUGAGUGUCUAAACAGAUUGCUGCCUGUGGUUCAGGAAGCCACAAGUGCUCUGCUCAGUGACUGUAACCUGACAGAGAAAAGCUGUUCAGUUCUGCUCAAAGUUCUCAACUCAGAAUCCUCUACACUGACUCUGCUGGAUCUGAGCUACAAUCCUAUAAAAGACUUUGGAGUAGAGCUUCUCUCUGAAGGACUGAAGAGUUCAAACUGUAAACUGGAGACACUGAAUCUUUCAUCCUGCAGUAUAACAGGGAAUGGAUAUAUUUCUCUGGCCUCAGCUCUCAAUCCCUCAUCUCCACUGAAAGAGCUGGAUCUCAGAGGGAAUGAUCCUGGAGAUACAGGAGUGAAAAUCAUGACAGACUUCUUACAGGAUACAACUUAUAAACUUAAACUGAGGCUGCUGAACAGCUCUGAUGCAGAGGAAAUCUGCAAGUCUAAAGAUCUGGGAGAAAACCUAUUACUGCUGAGAGAACUGAAUCUGAGAGGAAAAAUACAAGGAGAUUCAGGCAUGAAGCAGCUUUCUGCUCUACUGAAGGAUUUACACUGCAGAAUCAAGAAACUUAAGCUGAAUAACAACAACAUUGCAGAGGAUGGCUGUGCUGCUCUAUCAUCAGCUCUUUACUCCAAUCCUUCACACCUGAUAGAUCUGGAUCUGAGUGAGAAUAAACUAGGAAACUCUGGAGUGAAGCAGCUGUGUUCCUUCCUGAAUAAAACAGACUGUAAACUGCAGCAGUUGAAACUCUCAUUCUGCAGUAUAACAGAAGAAGGAUAUGCUGCUUUGGCUUCAGCUAUAAAAUCAAACCCCUCCUCUCUGCUAAAUGAGAUGGACCUCAGAGGAAAUGACCCUGGAGAAACAGGAGUGGAGCUGCUCACUAAUUUACAAAACGAUGCAGCCAGUAAACUCAAGAAAAUAAGGCUAUUAAAAAGCUCUGCUGCAGAGGAGGCAUUUGCUUCUCUGACUGAAGUUCUGGGAACAAACCCUUUACUGCUGAGAGAGCUGGAUCUCAGUGAGAAAAUACGAGGAGACUCAGCAGUGAAGCAGCUCUCUGAUCUACUAGAGGAUUCACACUGCAGACCCAAGAAACUUAAGCUGAAAAACAACAACAUUUCAGAGGAAGGCUGUACUGCACUAUCAGCAGCUCUUUGUUCAAAUCCUUCACACCUGAUAGAUCUGAAUCUAAGUGAGAAUAAACUGUUGACUGCAGGAGUGAAGCAGUUCAGUGCUGUGUUAAAGAAUCCUCAAUGUCAACUUCAGAAACUCAAACUUUCAUGCUGCAGUAUAACAGAAGAAGGAUAUGUUGCUCUGGCUUCAGCUUUGAAAUCAAACCCCUUCUCACUCCUGACUGAGUUGGAUCUCAGAGGAAAUGAUCCUGGAGAAACAGGAGUUCAGCUGCUCACUGAUCUACAAAAUGAUCCAAGAAGUAACCUGAAACGCAUUUUCUUCUUUGAUUAGAUUGAAUAAUUCUUCACUAGAUACACCUAGUGAAUAAUUAUGCUAGAACUGCUGCUGAGAAAAAAAGAAGCAAAAACAAACAGCACAGUGAAAAUCAGAAAAAGGACCGUAAGAGGAAGAGGAAGAUGAAGCUCUGGAUGACCAGGACUACCAAUAACCAAUGGCCAAAAUACUGAGGAAAAGGAUGGAGGUUUAUUCAGAGGACCAGAACACAACAUAGUGUGUUUGGAGGAGAGGGUUAUGUUUAAUCAAUGUAAAUAACAAAAAAAUGUACAAUUAGAAGGAAUAUGUCCAGAGAUGUAAGAACAAAAUACUACUAGCUAAAUUAUUUUUAGUUUCCAUAACAUUAGUCUGAGAGCGGAACACAGCAGUGCAGUUUUGUUUAUUGAUAUUUCUACUAGUAUUUUUUUCUACUAGAUAUUUUUUUUAAGCAAUACUUCUUAAAGCAAGAUAUUUGUCUAUGUUUAUUGCCAUGAUAUACACAAAUGCCACACUGUAAUGUCUGUUCUAUUUCAUCUGACUAUUUUCAAUGCAGCAACAUAUAUAGACAUAUAGAUUAAAUAUGUGGGGAAAAAAGGGUGCCACCAGCAAUGUAAGGAUAGGGUAUACAGUGUAAAAUAAGGUACAAAAAUGUUAAAUAUGUAUUCAUUUACCAACAGUAAAAAAAAAAUUGGUUGCUAUUAAAAUGUCCAUUAUUUUA